AUGUCUACCAACAUAUCUGACGAGCGGGCCUCGUACCAGGCAGUGUUCGCCCUCGACAUCAUUACUGCAGCCGGUGCCCUGAUUCUCCUUGGAACUGCUUCGAAACCUACAUUCCAGCGCAUCAUAGCCCGUAGAUUUACUUCCACGAGCAAAUCGCAUGGGACACCUUUGAAAACCAGUCUCGGCACUUAUCUCUUCCUCUGGCCUGCUCUUUUCUGCCUCUUCGCCGCAUAUACGACGCGCUUCGUCUCUGAUCUACUUCAAACCCACGGCUUCAUUGCCUACGAAGCCGACCUAUCGUGGAAUGGCCGACCAUCCUUCAGCAUUCCCGAGAAUAAAUGGGGGACUGGGGUCUCGGCCCUAACUUUUGCGACGACAUUCGCGACAAUUCUCUUCACUGUCCUCCUCAAUGGCGGUGUGUGGAUCCACGCAACCCACAUUCAGUCCAAUGGCACGGGAAGGGUAGCGCCGAACAUGCUUUCGAAGAUUUGGAACACGUUCAUCCUGCUAGCCAUGCUUGCAACGGGCAUGGCUGCCUGGGGCGUAGGCAUGUCAGAGCGCGAUACCAGCCUGGGCAUCGCAUCGAUGAGUGUGACCUUCGAGGUACUGAGAGAGUACAGCACGACAAAUAAGAAUGCACAUGGGCAUCUUGCGCGGUUCGCGUUCGUCGUUGUUCCGCUCAUAUGGCUCAGAGACAUCUUUAUCAUCUACGACAUCAUUCUGCUUUAUGUCGACACCUCUGGGUGGUCAGACAACGCAUCUCUUGCAACCACUUUUCUUCUGAUCAUCUUCGGGCAAUUUGCCAAUCUCACUAUCCUUGCGAUGAUCUUGUGGGGAGCCUGGAGAAUGGGCAGGACUGUCAAGCUCUUUGAUAGCAACAGUAGUGCUUGA